UUUUGAGGAAUCCGAAAUCCGUGCAAAAAUCGCUGCAAAAAGUUGGAAAUUGCUAACAUUUUUACACUGUUCCGUGCGCGAUACGAACACACUCAACCCUCCCGCCACCCUUCUCGUUGGAAAAGUGGAAAAAGCCGGAGACAGGGGAAAAUUUUAACGCGCCUUGGAAAAAAAAACAUCCACAGAAAGACAGGGCGGAAAGUAAAUCGCGUCGAAAAGGGAUUCAAAGUCCUUUUGCCAACGCUGCGAAAGCCAAUCAACCAAUUCGCAAUCAACUAUCGAUAUCGAGAUCCGGAUGCCUCGGAAAGAAACCGCUGGAAACCACUAAUCCGCGUCCGUUCCGUCAUCGUCCCGGUAACAGUACCCUGCAGUUAAUCUUGCGGAUAGUUUGUUCAUCUACCAAAUGUAACGAAAGGAUUACGCCAAAACGGACCAGUACCUAUCCGGAACACUCGCAAAGCGGAAAUUUAUGCAAACAGCGAACUCGCCAAGGUAUGUGGACGUUGCCGUAAAAUCAUUUUUCGCUCGCGUUGGGCGUCGUUAAUCAGAGCACGAACACUGUCAGUGGUGAAGAGAAGAACAAAUCAUCCCACGACGCAAAAUGGCAGAUGCCAGGGAGGACGCGUGCUACGCGCAAUCCGCCCAGCAUCGGGCACUCCAAGCAGCACUGCAAACUCUGAAAGAGCGUUGUCAAACACUGCAGAAACGCAUCAUAAUCCUUGAGGAUGAAAACGUGACCCUGCGCGCCAACCAGGCCAAAGAGCCCGCUGAGCGAUUGCAGGACAAAGGCAAGCUUGCAUCAACGUUGGAGGUGGAACAGCUGCAGAAUGAUGUCCUAGAACUGUCCCGCCAGAAGGUGCAGUUGGCCGAACAGAUUGCGGUGGUGGCAAGCGAAAACAGACAGCUAUGGCGACGACUGUCACAGAUUGUCAAGGACGUUGGAGGCGCCGGUAUGGUAAUGCUUGACACAAGCGCUGCAGCUAAUACCGGCAGCAACAUGAAGCUGCUUCCGGACGUCGAUCACUCCGGUUCAGUGGCUCCAGGGGCGUCGCAAAACUUGAUCCGCUCUCGCACCUUUACCAAAAAUGCACCAAAUCCAAAGCUCCGCGAUCGAUUGCCGAAGGGGGAUGAAUGUAGCGAUGAUGUAGAGCGGUUGCUGCAACUGGAGGACGUAUCGCUGCUAAAUGCAUGCGGGUUUCUCGAGCCCGGUUACGGCGAUGGUGGUAUGGAGCUACCGGCUUCGGGCUGCACGGGAUCGCAAGGAGAAGAAAUGAUGCAGGCGGCACUAGAAACAAACCCGGAACUGCGACAAUGCACCGAAGGCCUGGUAGUUAUGCAACGCGAAGUAGCCCGACAGCAACAAACCCUCAAGAGUGUCUUAUACCAACUCAAGGCGACCAAAGCAGAGCUUGGUACUCGAUCCAAGCACCAUGCGGAGCAGCCCAAUGUACCGAAGCCUAUCAUGAAAGAUGUUACCGUUGAGGUGAUCGAGACGGAGCUGUUGCCGAUUGCCGAGAAGCGGGCCCGCGGUGGUUCAACUCAACAGGUAAAGGCUCACGAAACACGCGUUACAGCUGAGGCUGCUGCUGGUGACGACGCACCGGCGGUAAUAGCACCGUGCGAUCCCCGUCCGCUUGAUCUCGCUAUGGAAAAGGGACGAGCGAACACGAUGGAGAAGAUUUGUCCCAUGUGCGGAAAGCUGUACGGCGUGCAGGCAGCCUUCGAUGAGUUUCAGCAGCACGUUGAGUCGCAUUUUCUCGAGGACGCGGAUCAGGGGGUCGAGUUGAGUUUGGACCGUACGUACGAGUACGUCUCUCAGCCAGUUGGCAAUUUCUGACCGGUCGUGCGCUCCACCAAGCGGCGCAUCUAUUUCUUCAGUGAGUUUUAGUGUAGGCAGACGAAGGCAAACAUUUGGCGCACACUUGCAUAUCGAAAUGUGUUGAUCUAAACCGUGUACAGAUAUAUGUUUUUUUUUUAUCGAAUUGUGCAGCCUGCAUACUUCGCAAACGAGUGGCAAUGCCUAACGAGUUGGUAUUUGUUCCGUUGGGUGCUAAAAUAGUUGUGGGUACGGUGAGUUUGUUAGCUCUUUUAAAUCUAUAUAAAGAUCCAGUCGGUAUUGAACGAAUGGUAUGAUUUCACAAGAAAAAUAAAAGAAAUAUUUAAUCGGAUUACUGCGAA